AUGGCCGAUAAUUAUCUUCAUCAAUCAACUGACGCAAUAACAUAUUUAACAGUCUAUAUGUAUCGAUCAAAUAUGGAUUCGAUCCCGAAUUAUCCCCUACCAACUGGUUAUUCUUUACAACUAUAUAAAGACGAUGUCAAUGACAAGCAACAAUGGGCUGAUAUAACCAUGGCUGCAGGAGAAUUCAGAUCACUCGAGGAAGGUCUCCACAAGUUUGAAGAAUACUUUUCAAAGACAAAAGAUAAAAUACCACUGACUCAACGAGUCCAUUUUCUAGUAAAUAGCGAUGGAAAAUAUAUAGGAACAGCGACUGCCGGAAUCGAUGAGGCUCACGUAGAAGACUAUGGAAGUCUUGAUUGGAUAUCAAUACUACCAGAGUAUCAAGGAAAAAAACUCGCAAAACCUAUGGUUUGUGCAGUACUUCACAAAGUAGCUAAGUAUUCCAACAAGUGCUAUCUAUCUUCGCAAACAACAAGCUGGAGAGCAAUAAAUAUGUACGCCGAUUUAGGAUUUCUACCUUUUAUUAAAACGGAUGGUUGUAAAAAGGCUUGGCAACUACUUAACAAAUUAUGCCGACGAAAGUUCAUUGAUGAAACUGAGUAA